ACCAACAAGCCCAAACAACCAAAUCAACAUGAAGUACCUCAUCUGCUUGGCUCUUUGCAUUGCCGCCGCCCAGGCUGGUUAUAUCUCUUCUCCAGUGGCGACUUAUGCUGCUGCUCCGGCUUAUGCCACCGCUUACUCCGCUGCUGCUCCUUUGGCCUACACCGCUCCUGUGACCACCUAUGCCGCUCCUGCCUACUCCUCCUACUCCGCUUCGGUGUACAGAGCUCCGGUCUAUACCGCUCCGGUGGCCACCUAUGCCGCAGGUCCCGCUUUUGUCGCCCCCAUCACCACCUACGCCGCUCCAGCUGUGGUCAGCUCAUUCCUGAAAAAGAAAUAAACCGGACUUGUCUGCUUACCAAAUUGAUCCGACCAAAUG